GGGGGGACAAAAGUAACAGACACACACCGCACACUACACACAGAGCACUGUGGCUCAAGAUGGAGUCUUCGCCAACUCUCUUUGUUUGAAGUUUCUCGAAUCUUUCAGCCUCAGUUUGCAUGGGUAGCUCACGACGACUAUUGAGUUUUUAACAGCCCAGCGUUUCUCUCCCCCGCUGUAUAUAUACACACACACACACAUUCCCCGUUUUAGACAAGGGGGAACAAGUGCGCCGACUCGGAUACAAUUUCUCAUUCUUAGUGUUUUGCGCUGUUGUUGGGAGGAAGGUGAACUCCUGUGUGCGAGUGGAAUCGCUGAGAUUUACCAAAAAGGAAAAGACGGAUUGAUAUUCUUGUUUUGUUGUGACAUCCAAGUUCUCGACUGAUCAAGUGUUUCUUCAGUGUCUCGACGAUAUUUUUUUGGCUUGAUGCCACUCCUGUCAAACGAAACGGCUCCGAGUAAUGCAACUUACCAGGUCGCAAACAAAUUCGCACGUCACGGCCGUUCGUGGGAAUGCUGGACAUGUAUGGUCAGCCACAGCUAACACAACCUCAGCCGGCCCACAGUUCUUUGUCUCAUCAGUACCACCAUCAACAGCAGCAGCAGCAGCAACAGAGCGCUAACAAGAAAUUGAAGCUAGACCAUGCACUGCCCCAGCAACACCAGGCAGUGGACCUCUGCAGCCUAUCUGUGCAGCAGCAACUGGGUCAAUCCGAUUCAGUCAGCCUCUAUGAAGUAUCCAGCACAACAGGCUGCACUAGCAGUUCUGGUCCUAGUCGCGGCAGUCAUGGAGUGAAUCAAGACCGCAUCCACACAACGACGGGCUAUGCCCUGGCCGUGGGUGGUAACGUAAUUGGAGGCAGGCGUCCUGUGGGUCACGAGAGUGUAGAUUGCAGUCACAGCCCAGCAUCAUCAUCUUCUUUGGGCAAACAACAACAGCAGCAGCAACAACAGCAACAGAAUUACGUCCGUACUUCUGCUAUCAAGUUGCUCGAUACAUUUCAAUUCAAUCAACAACAGCAGCAGCAGCGGCAGGGAGGCGUGAAGCGCAAACACGAAACUGUAAACGAAGUACAGGAAACGAGCGCUGGAGCCAUGACUGCUUCUCACAAGCCAGCGCAAGGCCAUGGGCACGUCCAGCCAACGGUGGCUGCCGCUGCUCCUCAAGGUUCCUCGUCGGCCGAUGGUGAUUACCAGCUAGUUCAGCACGAGGUUUUGUGCUCUCUGAGCAAUCAAUACGAAGUCCUCGAGUUCCUUGGCCGUGGUACCUUCGGGCAGGUGGUGAAAUGCUGGAAAAAGGGCACCAACGAAGUGGUGGCCAUCAAGAUCUUGAAGAAUCAUCCGUCGUACGCCCGCCAAGGUCAAAUUGAGGUCAAUAUCCUGUCGCGAUUGAGCCAGGAGAACGCGGAUGAAUUCAAUUUCAUCAGAGCGCACGAGUGCUUCCAGCACAAAAAUCACACUUGUUUGGUCUUUGAAUUAUUGGAGCAGAACCUCUAUGACUUUUUGAAGCAAAACAAGUUUAGUCCUUUGCCUUUGAAGUAUAUUCGCCCCAUCAUGCAACAAGUGCUGACCGCCUUGCUGAAGCUGAAGCAACUCGGCUUGAUUCACGCUGACCUGAAACCGGAGAACAUCAUGUUGGUUGAUCCGGUGAGGCAGCCUUACCGAGUCAAAGUGAUUGAUUUCGGCUCGGCCUCCCACGUUAGCAAGGCCAUUUGUAACACAUAUCUGCAAUCGCGUUACUACCGAGCGCCCGAAAUCAUCUUGGGACUUCCUUUCGGGGAGGCCAUUGACAUGUGGUCGCUGGGCUGCGUAGUGGCCGAGCUCUUCCUCGGCUGGCCCCUCUACCCGGGCUCGUCCGAGUACGAUCAAAUCCGAUAUAUCAGCCAGACGCAGGGCCUUCCGUCGGAGCGGAUGCUCAAUUCGGCCACCAAGACGAUGAAGUUCUUUUAUCGCGACAUGGAGUCGAGCUAUCCGUUCUGGCGUCUCAAGACGCCCGAGGAACACGAGGCCGAGACGGGCAUCAAGUCGAAAGAGGCCCGCAAGUACAUCUUCAACUGUUUGGAAGAUAUUGGCCAGGUGAACGUGCCCACCGAGCUGGAAGGUGGCGAACUGCUGGCCGAGAAGGUAGAUCGACGUGAAUUCAUUGACCUUCUCAAGCGGAUGUUGACGAUGGAUCAGGAGCGGCGCAUCACACCCGGCGAGGCGCUUCAGCAUCAAUUUGUGACGCUGUCUCAUCUCGUCGACUACGCUCACUGCAGCAAUGUCAAGGCCAGCGUCCAGAUGAUGGAAGUCUGCCGCCGCAGUCACUACCAGCCGCCCAACACUUUGGGCCAGCAGGGACACUCUUCGACUCCCGCCGGCUCUUUGGUGGCCAACUUCGUUCCCGGCACUAAUGGCAAUGUCACGCUGACCUUCAACAGCCAGUUUGCAGCUGCAGCAGCGGCUGCGGCCGCUGUUAACGGCCAGUAUCCGGCCGCUCUUUACAAUGGCCGUAAUGCAGUUGCGGCCGCAGCAGCAGCCCGCCAAUAUGCUGCAGGCGCUGCUGUUCGAGCGGAUCCUUUCCAGCACCAGUUUGUGUCCUCGUUGCUGUGCCCGCCGUCCUAUCAGAGUUUGACGUCACCGUCCAAGCCGGUGGCGGUGGUGGCACAACAGCAGCCCCAGUUGCAGCUCCAUCAGGCUCCCUUGACCCAACAGCAAUAUGUUCCGGUUUCUAUGGUGGAACAGUCUGGCCGACAAGUCUUGUUGGCCACUCAAGGACCGGGUUGCUGGCCUGGCAACCGCCAAAUGACGUUGGUUCCUUCCUGGCAGCAGUUGGCUCCUAAUCACCAGCACUCGGCCGCUCUGCAACAACAGCCGGCGGCCGCCCUUCUGCAGGCUGCCGACGCUUCUGAUUGGGGACGUCAUUUGUUGGUUGACCAGUCUGGAGGAGUUCACCAGGAUCAGCGCUCCAUCUUCCCUGUCGAUUUGCCCGAUGUUUACGACACGGUCAGCGUGGUGGAUCAUUGGCCCAAUAACAAACGAAAUAGCGGCGCUGCGCACAAAUCUGCGCUUUUCACUCUGCAGGCACCACAACCGGCCCAUUUGCUUCAACAGCAACAUCAGCAACAGCAGUUGCAUCACCACCAUCAGCAACAGCAGCAACAACAACAGCAGCAGCAGCAACAACAUCAUUACCAACAGUCUCAGCAAAUCCAGCAACGAUCGGGUCAUCAGGGACACAUGGUGGACAAGAAAGAGUCUGUCCACCUGAGUCCAGUCAAGAAACGAGUCAAGGAAAGCUCUCCGCCCCAGCAGCAGCAGCAGCAACAACAGAACGAGCAAUAUCGUAGGAGGAAUUCGCCCGUCCAGCAUUGGCAGCAUCCGCAACAACAUUCGCAGCAGCAUUACAACAACGUGAGGAAUCACAGGCAACCGACCAUUACCAUAGAAGACACGCCCUCGCCUGCCGUGUCGGUCAUUACCAUUUCGGAUUCCGAUGACGAGGGAACGAAUUCCCAGAAAACAUCUGUCCGAUCCAAAGCUGCCGGACAACAUCAACAGCAGCACCAGCAACAACAUCGCGUCCGUCCGGUUGUCAGCUGCGUCACGGUGCCAGAUAGUGACGAAGAGCAUCGAAGUCCAGCCAAAGGCCACCACCCUCGGCAACAGCACUACAACAACUCGAAUGCCAACAGCUACGUGGUGCGUGAGAUCAAACCGGAGCCGGCGUCUGUGUCAUCGUCGUACAAUGGCAGCAACAGCGGAGCCAGCCUUUCGCAGAAGAAGCGGCUGCUUGCCAAGGCCCAGACGGACUGUGGCGGCGGCGGCAGCAUGACCGACAAGCCGAAACAGGAGCAUCAAAUGACCAGCGACGGCGGUUACAUGGACGCAUAUGGUGGAGUCGAUAGGUCGUCGAUGACUCACCAGCCGUGCGACUUUAGCAACGGUUCGGAAGUUCUCCACUUCCAGCCGGUACCUCAACAGGUCUCGCAGCAGCAGCAGCAACAACAUCAACGUGCCUACCGCCAGGAUUACGAUCAGCAGCAGCAACAACAACAGCAGCAAGUGCAGCAGCAGCAGCAACAACAACAGCAGCAGCAAAGGGAUUAUUUGCAUCCGCCAGCUGCUCACCGCCAGCAGCGCUUCGACACGGAGUUGCAGCAGCAGCGCGAACAGAAUGGCUAUUACAGUAUAGACACUGGACAUUUUGCACCGUUAGGACCAGUCAAGACUGAUGUCUAUGGUUUGUUAGGCUUCUCUAGCAGGAGUAAUCGUCACGCACACUUGUCACCCCAACCGGGCCCUUCGAGUCGUCACCAGGCGGCGGCGGCGGUGGCCGCCGCUGCAGCUGCCGCCCUCUGUCUUUCGCCGCAGCAUCAGUUGAACGCGGCGGCCGCUGCAGCUGCCGGCCAACCUCUUUACCAUCAGCCGGACUUGUAUCGCAGCACGAUUCCACCGCCUGCACAUCACAGCAGCUCCAGAGCUGGUCCCGUCUUGAGCGGAACACACCACGGAGGUCACCCUCAUCAUAGUCAUCCACUUCCAGCUCAUUUGCAGCAGUCGGCCGUGUUCCAGGCCCAUCCUCAGGUGGCAGCGGCUGUCGCUCCUUACGCUUACGCCUCGCUUAACAGUCCGGGCAAGGCUCAGUACCAGCAUUUCUGGUUCGCCGAGUAGAACGGAGACGAAGAAGAAGAGGAGAAAACAACGGCGGCAACACCAUGAAGACCUUCGAGUCGUCAAUGUGGGAUUAGUGUGGGAAGAAGCUGUACGGAAGUCGGAAAGAAGAGAUUGUGCCACGGUGGUGUGUGAACAUUGAUUGCACAACAGUUUGCGCGGCGGCAGUUUGAGACGUUUCGAGAAUGGCUGAGCGCGCGACGUGGUUUGCAUUCUCUUGUUUGGUUCCGUUUCCUUCUUUGUCGUCUGCCCGCCGUCGACUUUCGUCAAAUUGGAAAUGUUGUCGCUGUAGUUAUUCUCUUUUCUUUGUUGUGUGCGUGACGUAGUGCAGUGCAAAGUUCCCGAGUUAUCGACGCAAGUUGAAAACAACAAAAAAAAACUAAAGCAAAAAAAUUUCAAAAAUUUGAGCAAAAGUGGUCGAAGGAAAAUGUUGACGCGCUUAAAGAAACAACACAAGACACACCACAUCUACACACCCCCUAUUUUUUCCUUAUUUUCUCCUCACCCCUUUUUUUGGCAAAGAUGGAUGAUAUAUUUGCAUGAUUUCACGACAUUUUUUUGGCGUUCCUUUUUUCCCCUUUACCCCCCUUACUACAAAACUGCCUCUGUUCAUUUGAUGCCGCACCUUUGCCCUCCUCACACUUUUGCAUCCAACCCCCUUACCCCAUACUAUCUCGUACGUCAGCAUCGUGUUAUAUUGAAGAUCCUGAUUUCGUCGCAGUCAAAUGCGCUAGUAAAAAAAAAGCCUCAUAGCGUUUUUUUGUGUGUGUGUGCGAGCAAAGGUUCAAUUAUUUGUCCUUUUUUCCCGAUUUGUUUUGUCUCUUCUCUUUCCUCCUAUUUUUUCCAAUCAUUUUGAUAAAUCAAUUAGCGAGUCACACACAUUGGGAACUGGCCUUUUGUGAGUGACUUAGAGACUUUGUUUGCACUCUUGGUUGUACUGUAAUUUUUGACAUGUUAAAAGACUCGUCAACUGUUAAUCCCACAGCUAUUCAUCGCUACGAUUCCUUUUCCUAAUUUUUUUUUUCGACAUUUUUCCUCCACACAACACACACAGACACACACACACAAACACUUUUGCCCAAUGAAUUGAUCCAUUUCAUAAUACCAUCAUUGAUGAUUGAUAUACGCUUUCGUGUUGCAUUACCAAGAAGAGUCAGGAGAGCUGCUGCACCCCAUGUUCUUUCUCUCUCUCUGUCUCUGACUGUUCCGUCUCUUUAUCUUAUUAUAAUUAUUUCUUUCCAGAUCCUUUUUUGAUUUGUACACUUUUCCCUUCUACUUUUCACCUCAACACAUUCGGAACCUCCACCCUCGCACUCAUCACUUUCCCAACCAUCGCGCUCUAGAGUGUAAUUAGCCAUAAUUGUUCCUAUGUCGUAUUUUUUUUUACACACAAAUAUCUUAUAUUAUUCCCCCCCCCCCCUCCCCCCAUUCAUCCUCUUCCACCUGAAAGAAUUGUGUGUUAGUCCUUAUUGGAGCAAGGAAGAUGCUUAAAUUUUUUAUUAGCGGACUUGGCUCGGUCGCCUCAACCCCCCUCCCGUUUUUCUCCCACCUCAUUCGCGUACCACUCGUGUGCCUCGACAACAAAAAAUUAACCUUUCUGGAGAUGAUGGUCCUUGUAUUUGGCGCUAAAUUUUAGGGAGAUGAGAUGGAAAAACAAAACUGUUUUCUUUAUUAUUAUUCCUUUUUGAAGAUGACGACAGCGUGAAGAAAAAAAAAGCAAAAGUUACAAAAAAAAAGAUGAAAAAAGACUUUAAUUACUGGAUGUGCCUCGUAUUUAGAGCCCAAGUCGUGUGACGAAAAAUGGAGGAUUCUCUUAUUUUGUUGGUUCCCUUUUCUCGUAUUCUUUUUUUGUUCGCCUUUUGCAUAGGAGUGUGACUAGGUAUAACCCAUCCAUCGUUUGUAAAAAGAAAAACCUCCAUCCAUCCAUUCAUUCUGGUAAAGAACAAAAUUGGAUGGUUCGUCAAAAAAGUAUUCCUCACCUUUUAUCGAAUGUGUUUUCCUUUUCCUCGCCAAUCCUCUGCUAUCCACCAAUUUCUCGAUUUUCCGUCUACACAUGAAUACCGAACGACAAUUUGAUCCCCAUUCAAUGUUGUUUGCCUCCAUUGGACGAACUUCAUUUUCUUGUGACGGAUGUAUUCUCCUGUAACCAAUUGACAAGUAGCGAAUACAUCAAUGGCUUUGGCUGUCUGAAUUAUACGACA